AUGUCAAUUCGAAGGCGGUCCGCGUACCAACGUCGUGCCGGAGACCAAAAGUUGCGAUUUACUGAGAAUGGCACAUUCCAAAUAUCAGUUUUUGGUGACUUGCAUUUUGCUGAAGAUGAGGAAGCGGACAAUAAGACAAUAGGGGUGAUGAACAGAGUUCUUUCUUCAGAGAACGUACAACUCGUGGUACUCAAUGGAGAUUUAAUCUCUGGCGAGGUAACACAAAGCUCCAACUCUAGUCUUUACGUUGAUCGGAUUGUUGCACCACUAGUCGACCGUGGUUUACCAUGGGCAUCGACUUAUGGGAAUCAUGAUAGCGAGAUUAAUCUGGAUCCCGAAGAGAUGUUUCAUCAAGAGACAAAAUAUCAAAACAGCUUAACCCAGAGAAGUGUUCUGGGCUCCACUGCCGGCAUCACAAACUAUUACCUGCCAAUAUUUCCGCAUGAGACUUCGAACGAUAGCAUCCCUCUAUUUAUCCUGUGGUUUUUUGACAGCCAAGGUGGUCAUUAUGCCUUGAAAGAGAAUGACGAUGGCAAAUCAACCCCGAGACAGAAUUGGGUAGAUGACACAGUUGUUGAAUGGUUUAUGAAAGCCAAUGCAAACUUAACAUCUACCUACGGGCAAACAAUCCCAUCUCUAGCCUUCGUCCAUAUCCCAGUUAAUGCAAUGCGCGCAUUCCAGCAAUCUGGCGUUAGCCCAACCAGCGAACCAGGAAUCAACGGAGAACGAGUGCAGCAACAAGGCUAUGACGCCAAGGCCGGCUACCAUUCUCAAGACUUCCCAUUUAUAAGCGCUCUGCUGAACACCACGGGGCUGGCGGCGACUUUCAGUGGACAUGAUCAUGAUAACGAUUGGUGCUUCAAGUGGGAUAGUAAACUUUCUGGCCUCAAUGUCACGGGAAAUGGUAUGAACAUGUGCUACGGCCGGCAUACGGGAUAUGGAGGGUAUGGCGAAUGGGCGCGUGGUGGAAGGCAGAUUUUGUUGGAUCAGCAGUCACUUGGGGAUGAUAUCCGGACUUGGAUUCGGAUGGAAGAUGGGUCAAUUUCAGGUGAUGUUCAUCUCAAUGCGACGUACGGCCAUGACCGAUAUGGGCUGUCGCAGAGGAGUUUCAGUGGGCAAAAUGGUGGUCUUUCUCCUCCAUACUUGGGUGUUAUUUAUUUGUGGAUGUUUGUCUUUUCUGGGCUUAUAUCUGGGUUUCGUUUAUGGUAA